AUGUUGUUCAACUGCCAAUCUUUGCUUGUAGGGAUCUCCUUGAUCUCUCAGGCCCUGUCUGCACCUAUUUUGGAGUCGAGGGCAACUGCUGCCGCUUCUGCUUUCCCUGAUUUGCACCGUGCAGCACAGCUUUCUUCCGCUGCCUACAGCGGUUGCAAAGGAACAGCUUUCGAUGUCACUAUUACUAAGAGGAUUGAUGACAUCCUGACCGGUACCGAUGGAUUCAUCGGAUACUCCACCGAGAAGAAGAAGAUCUCAGUCAUCAUGAGGGGCUCAACAUCUAUUGUCGAUCUCUUGAAUGACAUUGACAUUCAUCUCGUGACUCCUUCGCUCUCCGGCGUGACUUUCCCAUCCGACGUGCAGAUCAUGAGGGGUAUUAGCAGGCCUUGGUCCGCUAUACACGACACCGUCAUCGCCGAAGUCAAAUCGCUCAUCGCGAAAUACCCGGAUUACACUUUAGAGGCAAUUGGACAUUCUCUAGGUGGUGCCCUCACAUCCAUUGCCCACGUUGCACUGGCCCAGAACUUCCCGGACAAGGAACUCACCAGCAAUGCUCUUGCUGCUUUCCCUAUCGGCAAUGAGGCGUGGGCCAACUUUGCUGGCUCGCAGCCCGGUACUUUCAACCGUGGAAAUAACGUUCUUGACGGUGUUCCAAACAUGUACUCGAGUGGCCUUGUCAACUUUAAGCACUAUGGAACCAGCCCCUUUCAUUUCAAUGUUCAAUCGCUUACCUACCGUGACCAUGAACAGGAAUACUACAGCUCCGGCUCGGAGUCCAGCUGCGUGAAGUGUGAAGGGCAGCGAGACAGGGCCUGCUCUGCCGGCAAUGGCAUGUACGCUGUGACUAUCGGUCACUUCUCAAGCUUUGGUAUUACGAUGCUUACUGCUGGUUGUGGCGGGCUUUGA